AUGGUCGGACUUGUUGCAAAGGCGACCCUUCUUCUGCAUGUUAGCGUCCUGGCUCCUUUGGUCGAGCUCGAGCUCGUUAUGGCGUGCGCCACUCUGUCGUUUUCGCUUCAAGCAGACAUAGGUGAUGGUGCAAAGGACCGACACUAUGCCAUGUGUGCUGCUAUGCACAACAGGACCUGUCUUGUGCCUAUACCAGGGGACGGGCUAAAUAAUGAGCAUCUCACUACUCAUGAACAGGAGUGUGCACUUUCGAAGCAGAUCGGUCGGAAGGCAAGGGCAAGCGGGUGCACCGCGCUAAGUGGUGAGCUUGCUGUCGUCACCGGUUUCACGACUAUGCCAGAGGCUUGGGGUGCCUCCGAACCACCUUCUUUUGGUAUUUUGAACGCUCCAGAUGCGGAACUCACAUUGAAAGAUGUGGACGACGUCGCCGCUGGCCGCAAGGGCAAGGGGAGAGCAACGGCAGAAAUCUCUGACGAGGAGCUAGCAUUUCAGCUAUUCGCAGAGGAGGCAAAUUCCCUCUUGGAUUUUACAAAGGACGCAGCCUUCGCGCGUAGUAUCAACUAUGCUAUGCAGACUGACAUAGCCACGGUUGAGGAGAUUUUGAGGGAGGAGAUAACAGCUCGCGAGGAUCAUGAACUUGCUGUUGCCCUUUCCGAAGGGCGUUCGCGUGCGCCGCCGUCGAGAGCCGCUCUUCCUGCACCGUCCCAGGCCAGUGUUCCUAGCGGCAGUGCGCAGACGUCAGGCUUGUAUUCUGCUCGGUAA